AUGGCAACCGAGGAUGAACGGUCUGCUCUCACCUGGCGAAUCAUCCCAACCAUGACUCUUUCCGUCGCUGGAAAUCCUCUCACAGCACCCUUGGCCCCUGUUCAGGCAACAUCUCCCUCAGAGCGAGCUGCUGCUCGAUUCCAAGUAGAAGGCAACGCCGUCCUCACAGGAGGAGCCGGGACAUUAGCAUUGGCUUCUGCCCGAGCACUACUUGAGCAUGGCGCCUCUGGAGUUGCGAUCAUGGAUUUGCCGGCCACCAUUCAUGCGUCCUCGCAAGCAAUAUCACAACUGAAGGAGGAUUUCCCCCAUGCAAACAUCCACACCGUCCCAGUCGACGUGACAAUGGAAUCGGAAGUGGACAAGGCUUUCCAUACCGCUCAGGAUCUCAUGGGCAGCGUGGACAUCUUGUGUUGUUUCGCAGGAAUAGUCGGUUGCGUCCACUCCAUCUCGGCGACUGCUAGCCAAUUCCGCAAAGUCAUCGAUGUCAAUUUGACUGGAUCAUUCCUCUGCGCUCAAGCAGCAGCAAGGCGCAUGAUAGAAUCCAAAUCAGGGGGGUCCAUUGUGUUUACGGCCUCGAUCUCGGCUCAUGCGACGAACUAUCCUCAACCACAGGCAGCUUACAAUGUGAGUAAAGCGGGAACGGCGAUGUUGACGCAGAAUCUUGCAGCGGAAUGGGCUGUUCAUGGGAUCCGCGUGAACUGUAUUUCUCCCGGCUAUAUGGACACCGUGCUCAAUGCCGGCGACAAUCUGAAACCAGUGCGAGAUGUCUGGGCCAGCCGGUGUCCCAUGGGUAGAAUGGGCGAUGUGGAAGAGAUCACUGGGCCUGUCGUCUUGCUCAGUAGCAAAAGGGCAGGCAGAUAUAUCACAGGGGCAGAUCUGCGAGUGGAUGGCGGGGCAUUGUGCUUUUGA